AUGGAUUUGCAUUCCCUUGCAGAAAAGCUUUUUGAAAAGAAUCUGAACCAGAUAGAAAGAACUGAAAAUAUUGAACGACUAAGCGUUGGCCAAGCGAUGCCAGAUAUACAGGAGCUAAGAAACAAGUUAAAGGAGCCGAAGAAUGAGUUGAUCGAAAACAAAGAUAUAAUACAACAGAUGAUACAAGCAACUGACGAAUCACUGGAUGAUGAUAAUCAACAGCGCGUUGCCCAUCGGGAUCCGUGUGAUAUGAUUAGAAACACAGGGCAAAAUCCCAGUUGUAAUCCUCUUUAA